GAUUCUUUGGUCGAAACAAGAUAGGGUCCCGAUCAAGCUCAGAAGUCAAGGAAUUAAAAAUCACCACAUCACAGACAGACUCACUUGAACUACAACCAACAACACUGUAACCAAACUCCCUCCCUGUUCUUCUUUCCUUGAAUCAGAGUAUUCUCUUUAUCAGCAAAAAACUAAUCGCACCCACUUCACUUCUCUCAAAGUUAGCCAGCUUUUGUCAUCUUCUGGAAAAUGGCCUCCGUGCUUAACUCUGCUUUGUCCUUGAAUUUAUCCAAUUUUAAAAGUAAACGAGUUCGAACUCACUCACUCGUCUCUCCGCUUUCUCUUCCUCUAACAAGGCGGAGAGUUACGAUAAGAGCAGCAGAUACGGAUACAAAUGAAGUGAAACCUCAGGCGCCGGUUAGUGGUGGUGCUGGUGGUUCCAGCUUUAACCAGCUUCUUGGAAUUAAAGGAGCUGCUCAAGAAACUAAUAAAUGGAAGAUUCGUCUUCAACUUACAAAACCUGUUACUUGGCCUCCAUUGGUUUGGGGAGUAGUUUGUGGAGCUGCUGCAUCAGGAAACUUUAACUGGACUUUGGAGGAUGUUGCUAAAUCAAUUGUUUGCAUGCUUAUGUCUGGCCCAUUUCUUACUGGCUACACACAGACGAUUAAUGAUUACUAUGACCGAGAGAUCGAUGCAAUUAAUGAGCCUUAUCGUCCAAUUCCAUCAGGGGCUAUUUCUGAGAAUGAGGUUAUUACCCAACUCUGGGUGCUGCUUCUGGGAGGCCUUGGCUUGGCUGGUUUAUUGGAUGUGUGGGCAGGGCAUGACUUUCCGGUAGUUUUUUACCUUGCUUUGGGUGGAUCCUUGCUGUCAUACAUAUACUCCGCUCCUCCUUUGAAGCUAAAACAAAAUGGAUGGAUUGGGAAUUUCGCCCUUGGAGCAAGUUAUAUCAGUUUGCCAUGGUGGGCUGGUCAAGCUUUGUUUGGGACCCUUACACCUGACAUAAUUGUCCUGACACUCUUGUACAGCAUAGCUGGGCUUGGUAUUGCUAUUGUAAACGACUUUAAAAGCAUUGAAGGAGAUCGGGCACUUGGGCUUCAGUCACUACCGGUAGCUUUUGGUGCUGAAACUGCAAAAUGGAUUUGUGUUGGUGCUAUUGACAUAACUCAGUUAUCUAUAGCUGGUUAUUUGCUAGCAGAUGGUAAACCCUACUAUGCUUUAGCCCUAGUCGGUUUGAUAAUCCCACAAAUUGUUUUCCAGUUUCAAUACUUCCUGAAGGACCCUGUGAAGUACGAUGUUAAAUAUCAGGCCAGCGCUCAACCUUUUCUUGUGCUUGGUCUGUUGGUGACUGCUUUGGCAACUAGUCACUAAUUCUCUUAAAUGAGACAAUCGCCGCGGUGACUCUGGGUGAAGAUAAAGCUGCGGAGGUGAACUAGCAAAUAGGCUCGCUCUUGCUGCAAAAUGAUGUCAAGCAAGCACGAUAGAUUUCCUUAUGAUCCGCUGUAUGUAAAAUAAUCGAUGGCCUUUGCUUAGCCCUGUAAAAAAAGCCAGCAUGUCAUUAUCCAAGGCAUGGCUCCUUCGCACAAGAAUAGGACUGUUCAUCUAUUGUUUCCUCA